AUGAAGCCUCGCGACGGCGACGGCGUCACCCCGGACGGUGUGCGGGCGGACAGACACGGGCUGUUCCGCCUGUAUCCCGGGCCGCUAGACACGUACGACCCUAUUGACUUUACCGCCGACAUAGUCGCCAUCCAUGGCCUCGGCGGACACCCAGUCAAGACGUGGAGAUGCCCGGAAGACGACCACGUCUGGCUGCGAGACUCGCUGCCGAGGCGCGUCCCCACGGCCAGGAUCAUGACCUUUGGCUACGACUCCACCGUCCUCUUCGGCGGCUCCCGCUCGACGGCCAACGACUUUGCCCUCGAUCUGGCGACGAGACUGCGGCUGGAGCGUCGAGACCAUCUUGAGAAGCAGCGACCCCUCAUCUUUGUGUGCCAUAGCCUCGGUGGGGUCGUCUUCAAAGAGUUCCUCAUCCACCUGUCGCUGCAGCUUGAUGACGGCCGGGACCUCUUGCAGAGCGUUUUUGGCGUGGUGUUCCUUGGGACGCCGCAUAGGGGUUCGCGGCGCGCGACGCCGGCCAAGCUUCUGUCCAAGAUCAUUAAUGUCGCGACAUUGGGCAGUGGGGCGCUUCGCAUUGUCUCUUUCUAUGAGCAGAAACCGAUAGGGCCGAACCUGGUUGUUGAGCCGUUUUCCGCUAUUCUGGGACUGCCCAACGAGCGAGCCAUUCCGGUCAACGCUGACCACAAGAAGCUCGCCAAGCUGUCCCCAAUAAACAAACAGCGCUACAAGCCCGUGUGGACAGCGAUCAAGGAACUAGUUGAAGAAUCAUCGGAAACCCUGGACAAGGCCAACGAAAGGCUACUGGAACAACUGUUCUGUGUGGAUUACAAGUCCGCUCGGCUGCGACCUCAACUGCCGCAAGGGAGGACCUGCCAAUGGAUAUUCAACGACCCCACGUAUAUCUCAUGGCUGCAGUCGGAAAAGCCCUCCAUGAUCCUGCUCACCGGGUCGGCUGGAACCGGCAAAAGCGUGAUGACGCGAUACGUCACCGAGAGCAUCCUCUCAGGGAACCAGACCGAGGGCACGGGAAUGGACUAUCUGGGAAUCAGCUUCUUCUGUUCGUACAACGAAGCGCUCGUCAGCGACGAAGUGACUGUGCUCCGGUCCCUCUUGCAUCAGCUGAUCCAGAUUAACGGGCACUGCGCUUCCAUAGUGAGGAGCUAUCUGGAGAAGCGGAAAUAUCAUGGAAUGGAGAUAUCUUUUAAGGCAGCAGACCUGUGGGCAAGCCUUUUUGGUGUGUUGUCCAUGACCACCAUGCAACGGGUCUACAUCGCCAUUGAUGCCAUCGAGGAGCUGGGCCCUUACGUCGCAACGUCUCUUCUCACUGGGCUCUGGAAGACAAUGUCCGCCCUCCAAUGUGAUUAUCCCGAAAGCCGACUGAGGAUUUUUGUUUCAAGCCGCUUUAAGCCGCCACCUGAUGCACCUGGGCUGUCGAGCCUGACGAUGCUCUCGAUGAACAUGUCCCACAUACAGACGGACAUCACCCUGUUCUUGCGAGACGCAGUCGAUGAUCUUGCCUAUCGAAGCGCCGGAUUCAAGGCUGCUCUGUCACCCGCGUCGCAGCACCAGAUCGUGAACAGCAUUGCAGCGAAAGCGGAGGGGCGUUUUUUGCAGGCAGUCCUCAUGUGGGAGGACUUUCGGAGAGGACUCAUUUGGAACCAGAAUGUCAUCAUGCAGAAGCUGAAACGGCUGGGCGCUCUGGGCUCCGGAAUGGUGGCACUCUACAACAAGAUAAUUGAUGCCAUGGACGACGUUACUCGGGACGAUGCCUUCACGAUCUUUUCGGUGCUCGCCGCUGCAGCGCAGCCCCUGUCGGAAAUCGAACUCGGGACCAUAAUUGGCAUGAAUCACUCAAGCAAACCCAUCGUUAAAUCCUCGGACAUUGAACCGAUUCGGGACCUCUACCAAGUCAUGGAGGAAAACUUUCCGGAUCUCGUCUCCAUUCAGGACGACAACAGGGUCAUUUUCGUGCACCAUUCCUUUAGGGAAUAUCUGGACCAGCGAGAGGAGUUCCGAGACAGGCUGUUCUCCGGGCACCGCAAGAUUACGCGGGCUUGCCUGAAGUACUUGAAACUCGCAGACAUGCUAGACUCUGCAAAGACAAACGGCUCGGCGUAUCUUGACGCAACGUAUCCCUUCCUAUCGUACGCGCGCGAUAACUUCUUGUUCCAUAUUCGCAAGAUGCCGUAUGACGACUCGUUGUGGCUUUCGUUCGCCGACACUGCGGGUCCGCUCAGUGUCUAUACGCUUCCCUCGCUAUACUGUCGCCGAGAUGAGAGCUGCAGCAGCCCUUUAUUGGAGGUUCUCGCCAGGGUGCCGGCCCCCGCCAAGUUCGAGCUCAUCAGGGAGUUUAGGGAACACGGAUACGACUUGGACGAGAUGUGGGCAAAGCAGGAAAGCGGCCGAGCCAUGUCGUACUGCUGCCGCUGGGCGGGGUCAGAGCCAGAUACCAAUGAAGCGGCGCUCUUGCUGCUUCGCCUCGGCGCAAACCCGAACCCGAAUCCUUCGCCCUGGGAGUCGAAUCUUCGCCUGGCCCUGGAGGGCAAAGCCUUGGAUCUGUACGCCAGGCUGUUGCGUCAUCCAUUGACGGAUCACAACGCGGGUGACACGCAAGGCCGGGCCUUCUUACACUACCUGGUCCGCGCCGGCAACAUCGACCGCAUUUCACAGCUACUCGACGCAAGUGGCGACGUCGACGUGAACGUGCAGGGCCACGAUGGCUUCACUCCGCUGCAUCUUGCAGUCGUGCUUGGGCAUGGCGAUGUAGUUCGGACGCUGCUCGCGGUGCCGGGCAUACGCCUCGACCUGGAGGACACGCACGGCCGGACGGCGCUGACACUCGCGACGUACUGGGGCAUGAAGCGAAUCGCGCUGAUACUAAUCGAACACUCGCAGGCGUUCCCCCUGCCCGGGGCCGACCAGCUUAGCGCAUUGGUCUUUUCGGCACAGCAAGGACAGAAGUCCUUGUGCCUAGACCUUCUCGCGCGCACGCAGUACCGUAACCUGGACUUUCACAUUGACAAGUCCGGACGCGGCCUCCUCCACCACGCGGCGAUCAACAACUGGGACGACGUGUUGGCCGAGUGCUUUCAAGCGGCCCCAGACGGACUCAACGUCAACAAGAUUGACCACAGUGGCAAGACGGCACUGCAUUACGCCGCGGCGCUCGGCAACGUGGAGGCUUGCCUGGUACUCGUCGACAGCGGAGGUGCCAGUCUCACGCUCCAGGACCGGAAUGGGAGGACAGCGCCGCAGGCAGCUGCCGACGCUGGCUUCAAGGAAGCGCUCGUGAUUCUGCUGCAGACUGGUCGCGUCGACCCGAGCCAGCGAGACGUUGAGGGACGGAGCAUCGUGCAUUGGGCCGCGACGAUUGAUUGCAUCGACGUCAUGGAGAUGCUGGCCGACUACGAACGCGCACAAACGCCAAUAGAAUGGGCGCGGCGCGACAAGUACGGCAAGCGGCCCGUGGACAUUGCCGGCAUCUGCGGGUGCAAGUACGUCGGGCUCUUCUUGGCCGCGCGGACGCCCGGGUGGCAAAGCGAGCUACCAGACUGGGACUUUAGGGCCAUGUAUCGGAGCGCGAGUGUCGAGGCCUCGGGUGAGGAAAGCGACGGCGAGCUUCCACCGCUGGAGGACCUCGAGAUAAGGCACUCGCGUCGGCAGAACAGGGCGGCGCGAAGGGAGUGGAAGGAGACGCAUCAACGGUUUCCGGAUAGUAGAUAUGGGUUGGUGCCGUAUGACCACAGGCAUGCGCCAAACCCUUUCUCGCUUGAUCGAUAG